AUGCUGCCUCAUCGGAAGCCCCUCGGUCGAAUACCGGUGCAUAUUCGACCGGUGUGUCCCCCACGGACCGCUGGUCCAAGCACUGUCCACCUGCGGCCGUUCACCAACCGUACGCGACUACUGCUCCUCUCUCAGCCAUCGGGCCGCCCACAACUUCCAUUCCUAUCACCACUAGCACCGACACGCCCACUCCCUCCUCUGUCAAGACAUCUGCGCCAGCACUUCAGACGACUCGUCUCAACCGAAAGCCAGUCCCACUUUAAGAAACGAUUCUCCCGCAUUUCCAAGCUCUCCGCAACCUUCUUCUGUAUGAUCGUUCUGUACCAAGUUAUCCAGCUCGGUAUCUACCAAGAAGACAUCGAGCAUCAAUGGCCCACACCCACAGAAUGGAUGUUGAAAUCUCGCUGGUGCCUGCGCACUGCGCAGGCCUUGCAGCACCCUGAAUACAUUGGCAAGCUGAUGACCGACUGGCCCAUGGUUCACGGCUUUUUGAAAGAGCUGGUAACUCGUCUAGAGAAUACAGAGGGUGAGGGCAAGGGCAUUCUCGAACAGGAUGAAGGUGGGAUUUUGGUCGAGGGUAUUGGUCGUACUGGACUCGACAUCUCGAUGAAGAGCGAGCCUUGGCGCCGUGGUUACUUCCAAGCUCUCAUGGGACUUGGCAAGGCUGCUGAGAACCUGGAUGGCUGGUUGACCGAUCGCAAACAGAGAAUCUCUGCCCCAGCGGAGUAUGUCGUUGGUCCAUCAAAUCCCCGGCCCAAGCCUGUCCCCGCGGGUGCGCAGGCACCCCAGGAAGAGGAUUGUGAAUUGGCAUCACCGCCUCCUGAGACCUUUUAUAUGAAGAUUUUGACGACAAAGGGCUUUGAUACGCGGCAGAAGCUCGAUGCUGCUCUUGCGUAUGCCGAUUGGCUCGAUUCCAAGCAAUUGGGCCUUACUGCCGGUGAUAUGUACACCUGGGCGCUGGACAUCGCCGCUGGAGGAUUGGAAGGCGAUGUCAGCAAGGUCAUUGAUCUCAAGACAGGAAUCUUAAAGAAUGGCCCGGAGCUGCCGUCUGAAAAUCUCAUUCGUGUAUCGACUGCCCUUGCUGUGCACCACGCCAAGCAGGGUAAUCUGCCAACUGCGCUUUCUCUCUUCACAUCUGUCCUGAAGGCCCGGCGCAAUCUGCCUUUCACCCCUGAUUCCCGUCUCCCUCCGCCCGUCCCCUCUUUCAAAGCAUCCAACGACAUCUUCUCUUCUUUCUUCAAAUCCCUCAAAACCGUCCUCGUCCCCGUGGAAUAUCCUGAACCUCUCCCUUCAGGCGAUGCGCCUCCUCUCCGCACAGCCAGUUCUGCCUGUGAUGAGGCAGGCCUGAUGACCUACAUCGGUGAAAUCAUCUAUGCCUCUUCAUCCCGCGAGCACGGUCUCGCCUGGACGCGCGACGCAGUCGAGAUGGCCGAGACAACAAUGCUGGACCGCAAGAACUCCGAAGACCAAGAAACCCGAACACGCUGCGCGCAGUGUCUUAAGGUUAGUCUUGAGAACUGGAAGGUCAUGGUGUCCACCCUCGUGAAACGUGCCAAGAAGGAGGAGCAAGAGAGCCUGGAAAAUGCAAAGAAGGCCUGGUACGGUGGCGAGAGUGCUGUUAAAGCCAAGACUGCUGAGCUGCGGCGCUGGCAGGCUGAAGAGGCUGUUCUCGAGGACCGCAUCCGUAGACUCUUCCCUCUGCUCGAGGGGGAAUCCGGAUUGGAUAACCUCGCUCCGAAUAGUUCUCUGUUCGUGUAA